AGCCCGGUCCUAGUUCGUUGCAUUUCGCGGGCCGUCACUUUCAUCAUUUUCCCUGAUAAGUGUUAACUUCAAAUUAGUGCAUAUCUAAGAGUGUUACGAAAUCAUCGGAGGUUGAAAAUUGAACUCUUGCAACAUUUCUACACAUCUGCACCAUUGCUUGAGAACUGAAAUAUCUUUGUAGUUCUGCAAGUUUUUUACACAAUUAGGAACGGAUUUGUAUUGUGCUGUCAUGUUGUCAAAGUUAUCCUCUUUUCCAAUUUUUUUCCACUCAAACAAAAAGUGUGAUAAAACCUUGUAAAAUUCACAAUCUACUUCUUGCUGCAGAGCUCUCAGUUUUCCAGAAUCCCAAUACAGGUCGGAGAUGUCUUCAGUUAUUUUACCUGGUAUGAGGCUAGUUUGGCGCCAGCAUCAGCAGCAAUUUGGUAAAAGAACAAUUGCAUCUAUAUCUGCACUAUCUGAAACUCAUCAGAUGCUUCACAAAACAUGUCGAGACUUUGCUGAAGCUGAGCUGAAACCCAAUGCAGCUAAAUUUGAUCGAGAGCACCUCUAUCCCAAAGAGCAGAUCCAAAAGAUGGGAGAGCUGGGUUUAAUGGCGGUGGAAGUACCUGAAGAGCUUGGUGGAACUGGAUUGGAUUAUUUAGCUUAUGCAAUUGGAGUGGAGGAGAUAUCCAGGGGUUGUGCCUCAGCUGGAAUUAUAAUGAGUGUGAACAACUCUCUUUACUUAGGACCAAUUCUGAAAUUCGGAACCUCCAAACAAAAAGAAGAAUAUAUUACGCCGUUCACAACUGGAGAAAGAGUUGGAUGUUUUGCUCUAAGUGAACCAGGUAAUGGAAGUGAUGCUGGAGCAGCCUCAACAACUGCCAAAAAGAAUGGCGACUCUUGGAUUUUAAAUGGCACAAAAGCUUGGAUCACCAAUGGAUUUGAAUCCGAAGCAACAGUGGUUUUUGCUACAACGGACAAAGCUAAAAAACACAAAGGGAUUAGUGCUUUCAUCUCAUCCAAGCCCACGAAUGGCCUAUCUUUGGGGAAAAAAGAAGAUAAAUUGGGGAUUCGAGCUUCCUCUACUUGUAGUUUAAUUUUUGAAGAUUGCAAAGUACCUGAAGGAAAUCUUCUAGGAGAACCUGGUAUGGGUUUCAAGAUAGCGAUGAUGACCUUAGAUGCAGGUCGUAUUGGCGUUGCCUCUCAAGCUCUAGGAAUCGCCCAAGCGGCCUUAGAUUGUGCAGUUGAUUAUGCAUCUAAACGAACCGCCUUCGGAAAUCCCAUCACUAAGCUUCAGGCCAUUCAGCAAAAGAUAGCGGAUAUGUCUUUGCGAGUAGAGAGUGCACGACUUCUAACAUGGAGAGCUGCAUAUUUGAAAGAUAAUCAUCAGCCGUAUACAAAGGAAGCUGCAAUGGCUAAACUAGCAGCAUCAGAAGCUGCAACUUACAAUGCUCAUCAGUCAAUUCAGAUUCUUGGUGGAAUGGGUUAUGUGUCUGACAUGCCAGCCGAGCGACAUUACAGAGAUGCCAGAAUCACUGAAAUUUAUGAAGGAACAUCAGAAAUUCAAAAGUUGGUUAUUGCUGGAAAUGUCUAUAAAGAGUAUGGUGUAUGAAAGUGCUCUAUGAAAUGACUCGAUGGCCGCUGUUGAAGGAUAGUGAGUUUAUCGGCUGUUUUAAAUAUCUUAAUUUUGCACAUAUUUGCUUCAAUUUUAUUGAGUCUUUAAAUUUACAGUUGCUCAAAAAAUUUUUGGAAGGUAAUGAAUCAUGGUUUUCAGCAUAUUGUUUAAAAAUGUAUUGCAUUGACUUCCAAAAACAUGGGAAUGGGCUAAGUUUUUUUAAAAGGAUACCAAAUACGUUAACUAAUUCCUAAGUGUAGAACACAAACUAUCAAGUAACCUGGCUGGUGCAUUCCUCUAUCCAAAUGUUAUGUGGGAAUUAGGACAAAUCAGAACAAUGAGUAUUGGAUCAAUCUCAGAAGCUACUACUUCACUUCAGUCUAAGUUCCCUUUCAGAACUAUGAACUGCUGAUAGAAAAGUUAUGCUGUCAAAGUUUUCACAAUAUCAAGCAUGUUUUUAAAAGACUGAUCCGCUUUAUGUAUGAUUUAUAUUGAUUUUUUACUAAAUUCUAUCUUUUCUUAAAACGCAAAAUUUUCUGUUCACCUACACUAGUCUAUACUUCUGUGGUCAUGCCUUUUGAACCGACACCUCAUUGAAGUAGGAUUCGAUAAAACCAAAUUGUUAACUCCCGUCAUCCUUACGAGCAAAAUUCCCACUGGGCUUUCAAUCAGAUAGGCGACUUAAUCAAAAGGGUUUUCAUCAAAAGCGUUGUAAACACUCGCCUCUGAUUAUUCUUUUCAACACCAUGUCUAAGGUCAGUCCGAAUUAAGCGUAGCAAAGCUUGACUUUAUUUUUAUUAUUACUAGCAGUAUGUUUUACAAAAAGAGACAUGGGAAAUAUUCUACCAUUUAGCAGGACCUAAGAUCAAAAUGAUCAAGGGAGUAACAUAUUCAAAUCCUGCAAAGAUCUACCAAAAGUCAAUGCACCAGUAGAAUGUGAGGCCUCUCUUUAGUGCAUGUAGAACCCAUACUGCAGGCAUUUGGUGUCCUUUCAGCUGCAGUGUGUGCCUAGGUAACUUUAGGUCAAAAAUAAUGAUAAAAUGAAUUAUUUUUUGUCAUAUUAUCAUAUAAACUGAAUUUAUUUUUGAGUGCCCAUUAUCAAAUAGACUGAUUUAAAUGUUGUAAGAAUUUUAUGUACCUUACUAAGUUAAGUUCUUGAUAUGUUUUAUAAAUUUUUUAAGGCCUGUAGAACUGUUUUUAGUCAUAACACAUUUUUUUAGCUCUUGGCCUGGCUCUUAAAACACCUUUAUUUUCUUAUUAAUCCAGUUGGUUAGAAGGAAAACAACAAUUAUAGGAUCCGCUCUUAGUAAAUGAAAGGAGUCCAAAACUUUUAUUUGAUUAGGGGUUUCUUCUAACUUUAUGUAAUGAUCGAAUUAAUUGAUUAGUACAAUUUUCUUGAAAAGUAGACCUGAGAACAAUCAGGAAAACUGAGAGAGGGGAAUGAAGGAGUCUUCAUUUGCCUCAUAGGAAUCCUUCUUUAAUUAGUAGAGUCCUUGUCAAAUGAGUUAAUCAACUUUUAGAAGGUGAGGUACACUAUACUACAGGUAUGGACAAAUAGAAUUUUAGAAAGUCAUCAGAACACGUAGAUUUGACAGCGUCCAAUGGUACGACUGCAACGCCAUAUUGAAAACUUGUUUACUUUCUAUUCUGAGAGUGGGUCUCGUCAAUUUCGUGUUAUUUUUUCGUGUUCAUAGUCAAGUUUUUCGUUAUUUUGGGUUUUUUCACUUUUUUAAAUUCAUCUAAUAGUUUAUUGAAGGUACCAGAUCUGCCAGAAUCUUGGAGAGGGUCAUUUUGAACUGUGCGGCAAAGAUGGGACAUCUUGCGAUGUCACUCGAUGGCCCAUAUUCUCAGCGCUGCUACUUCGGCACCCUGUUUGUUCAUACCUGUGGUAGAGUGCACCUUGUUUAGAAGGUGACAGAAUAUUCACCAUUUUUAUUUCUGUCAGUAUUCUUUUCAGUGCCAAAAUGUGCUCCGACUCAUCUAGACUGAAUUCUGAAUAACAGCCACAAUUUUUGGCUCAGCUUAGAAACAACGCAUGCUUCAUUAGUUUCCCCAUGCUUCUAAGAGUAUGUACGGAUGAGCCAGAAACUGUGGUUCCAAAUUGCGAAAUGUAUUCCAUCUCAAAAUCAUGGCAUUGUCAUUCAGAGCUGAUCAAAGCUUACUUUAAAAGCCAUUCUUUUUUAUGCAUUUCAAUCAAUUUUAGGCACGCAUAUGGAUUUGGCUGCCGUAAAUUACAUUUACUUGAAUAUUUAUAUAGGUAUGAUUUUUUUUUUUUUUUUUUUUUUUUUUUUUUUUUUUUUUUUGUGUGUCGCCGGUUGCACUACCUCUAAUCAUGAAACUAAGUUAACCAACUUUUCCAUUUUUAUUGUAUUAUCUCAUAUCGUCGGAAAAAGAAAAGACCAAUAGCAUUGUGAGGUUUCGCCCUCUGAAGUUAACUUCAGAUUAUAUAGCAGUCCUCAAAUAGAGCUUUUUUCUCAUAACCUUCUUUUUAUAAUCUUUCUUCUCGUAUUUAAGUUGAUGGAUGGGUUUUAUACUUUUUUAAACCAAACUGAUAGUAUUUUAUUUUUAUCAUGCCACAUAUUUUUGAAUAAUAAAGAAAUUGAUUCUGUUGGAAUUUUGAUAAUUUUGACAUCACUAUGAAGGCUAGCAAAGGGUUAUUUCUUGACAUUUUUUUUGAAGUUGGGCCCAGUGGGUUUGGGGAAAAAACUUUAAUCGUAAAUUUCCUACCCUAUGAAAUGACCCCUUCUAUCACAAUUUUUCAGUCACAUUUAACCUCUGAAACUGUUCUGAAAAACAUAGUGACAAAAUGCUGCCAACUACGCGCACAUUACCUCGAAGACCCUCUUUAGCUCUAAUACUCUAAAAACUCUAGUACCAAGAGGCACUGGUUUGACAGAGACAUGGAAAAAUUGGAUAAGAAGAAGGUAAAAAUUUAGCCCUAUGUUCUCUAAGAUAUAGGGAAAAAAAUACUGUGAAAGUAUGGAACAUAAAAAAAAUAAAUGCAUAUCUUGAAGCACA